GCUAUCAGGUCAUUAGGAAGGGACCAAAAAGGCCUCACUUGUCCAGGCUGUGGUUUCCCUCUUGAGUCCAUCCCCCGAGGCUAAGGUUGUAAAUACGUGGUGGGGGAGGUUAGAGUCUUGUGUGUAGCCUGAAGAGUUUGGACAUAUCGAUUUAAGUAGAAAAGGGGGGACCCAGGUCAAGAAAUUCCCUCAGAAUGUGAAAAUCCAGAUCAUGUUGUACAAAUAAAAGUUGUGUGCACAGAUAUAGAAAACAACCUUAUCUAGAGGGAAACACGUUGAGGGUGGGGGAUAAAUUAGAAAUAUGGGAUUAGCAAAAAAGAUAAGGUUGCUAGGUGAGAAACAGCUUGAGACAAAUUCUUAAUUGAAGAGAUUGUUCCUCAAAUAGUAGGGGUAUCCCAGAGAGACCUGCAUUGUUCCUUCCAUAUGUGCUUUCAGAUGCUAGGCACAUAGGGCUGAAUAAUGCAGACAAGUUCUCCUUUCUCAUGGAGGGUACUUUUACCAAAAACAAGAGCCAGUGACCUUUGAGGACGUGGCUGUGUACUUCACCCAGAACCAAUGGGCCAGCCUGGACUCUGCGCAGAGGGCCCUGUACAGGGAGGUGAUGCUGGAGAAUUAUGCAAACGUGGCUUCCCUGGUAGUGUCUCCAUUCCCCAGACCCGAUCUGAUCUCCCAGCUGGAGAGAGGGGAAGCUCCAUGGGACCCCAAUCCCUGGGAAGCAGAGGAUUUGAGAGGCACCUGUCCAGGUGGUGAGAGGGGCAUCAAGACAGAAGAGCCGGCGGUCGAGCAGCAAGCCUCUGAGGGCACAGAGGCCCACGGCAGGCCCGUGGGAGGGCUUCUCACGAACGUGUCUCAGCACUUGGAUUUUGAAAGCAAGGCAGUGUGGCAGACUUUCAGUCUGAAUCCCAAUCUGAUACUCCGAGGCGGCAUGAAGUUCUACAAAUGUAAAGAAUGUGGGAAGAUCUUCCAAUACAACUCAAAGUUCCUUCGGCAUCAGAGGAGCCACACUGGGGAAAAGCCCUUCAAGUGCAAGGAGUGUGGCAAAGCUUUCAAGUCCAGCUACGACUGUAUCGUACACGAGAAAAAUCACGUUGGUCAAGGACCCUAUGAAUGUAAGGAGUGUGGCAAAGGUCUGAGUUCCAACACCGCCUUGACCCAGCACCAGAGGAUCCACACGGGGGAGAAGCCCUACACUUGUACGGAGUGUGGCAAGGCUUUCCGUCGGAGCGCCGCCUACCUGCAGCACCAGAGGCUCCACACAGGGGAGAAGCUCUAUAAAUGUAAGGAGUGUUGGAAAGGCUUUGGGUGUAGGUCACUUUUUAUCGUCCACCAACGCGUCCACACCGGGGAGAAACCCUACCAGUGUAAGGAGUGUGGGAAGGCGUUCAGCCAGAAGAUCGCCUGCAUUCAGCAUCAGAGAGUUCACACCGGAGAGAAGCCCUAUGAGUGUAAGGUGUGUGGGAAAGCCUUCAAGUGGUACAGCAGCUUUGUUCAGCAUCAGAAAGUGCACCCCGUGGAGAAGAAGCCCAUCAAGGCUCUCGGGCCGCCCCUGCUGCGUCCCCAGGGCCCCUCUGCACCCUCAGCUCCCGGGCGUCUCCAGGGCCCGGGCUCUGCUCCUGCUGUGGUCAUGGCCUUGCCACACGCCAUCCUCACUCCUGCCUCCGGGCCCGUGUUCAUGCUGCUGCCCGCCGCUGGGGUUCUUUCAUCCCCUGUCCAAGUAGUUCGUGUCUUCCAGGGUCUUCCUCCCGCUGUGAAGCCUUCCCCAGUUAUUCUGACCCCUGCUCCUCACCCCCCGUGACCUCUGUCUUGGCACUUCUCUGGCUGUUACAGCAGAUCUCUAACCUAUCUUCAGCUGGAUCUGUAGCUUUUACACUGUACCUGUGUUCCUACUAUUUCAGCAUAAACUCCAUUAUAAUUGAGAUAUAUUUAAAGACUGUGUUUAUAUAAUGUAUUCUCUUUUCUUCUGGGUAGAUAAUGGAAACACUUGACUUUCAUAUUGGUCCCUUUCAGACUUGAACAGUAAUGGCCAUAUCUGUAUCCUGGGGCUGCUGGUUUGGGAAGUGCUGGUAGAACGCUGUGGUGAAUUAGGCACUUUGAGAUAGGACACCCCAUAUAAGCCCCCUGUGAUGUGUGAGAAGCUGCCUGUGAGAAACAGGCAUGUAAGAUCUGUCAGAGUUUAGAAGUGGCAUCAGCUUCCAACCAGGGCCUUUAAAAAUAAAUGCAGGUGGUUCAGUGGCUGAAGGUGUGGUGUAUUCAUGCAGGUGAAGUUGGGUUGUCCUAGACACAGACUGUUGAGACUCUUGUAUGUCUCUGCUAAAAAUCAUAUGAAAUAACCAGUUAGAAAACAUAUAUGUGGCUUCCCUGGUGGCUCAGUGGUAAGGAAUCCCCCUGCCAAUGCAGGAGACAGGGGUUUGAUCCCCGGGCCGGGAAGACUCCCACAUGCCGCGGGGCAAGUAAGCCCAUGCGUCACAACUCCU